AUGAUCUUCGUGGAGUACGGCAAUGAGCUGCUGCAGCUGCAACUCGAUUACGCCCCCUACCUCGCACAACGCAUCCGCCCCAUCAUCUACAUGAUCAUCGCGACGCACAUUCUCCUGCCCUUUCCCUCACUCAAGGCAGCCGUCAUCUCCACGGCGGUAGUCACCCUCCUCGAGGUUGUCAUCUCCUUUCGACAGCGCUACAACGCCGCCCCUGAGGGCCACCUGUCAGCGCUGAUCAAGCUGACCAUCUCCGACAUCAUCUUCUACCUCUACGCGGCCCUCUUCGGCAUGUACAUGAGUCGCCUGUUGGAGAUCAUCAUUAAGCGGGCCUUCGAGAAUCACCACAAGUACAUCAAGAGCAAGUUCAACUUUUACCAGGAGCAGGAGCAGCAGGAGCGACUGCUCAACUCCUGCUUUCCGCGCCACCUCAUAGAAGACGUGCGCAAGGACCUGAAGGACAGCAUUCGCGACGAGGAGAACGUCCAGAAUGGGAAAAUCAUCCAGAGUCCUUUCAAGAAGCUGUACGUGAAGAAGUAUGACAACGUCUCCAUACUGUACGCAGACAUUGUCAACUCGAUGCUGCUCACCUCUAAACUGAGCGCCAAUGAGCUGGUAGAGACGCUGAACGAUAUGUUCGGCAGCUUCGACGAAUGCGCAGACAAGAACAACUGCCUGCGAAUAAAGCUUCUUGGCGACUGCUACUACUGCGUCAGCGGACUGCCCAAGUAUGACAGCCAGCACGCUCUCAACUGCAUUCGCAUGGGCCUCGACAUGAUUGACAUUAUCAAUGAAGUCCGCAAGGUGAAGACCAUCAACAUCAACAUGCGCAUCGGCAUCCACUCAGGCAUGGUCCUCUCGGGUAUUAUCGGCGUGCACAAGUGGCAAUUCGACAUUUGGUCACAAGACAGCAUUCUCGCCUCCAGCAUGGAGCACGACGGAGUGCCCGGCUAUGUGCACGUCACCAGGGAGACGCUCGAUCUAGUGCACGAAAUUGCCCUGCAGAAGUACAUUAUUGAAGAGAGAAAUGUCAACGAACGCCUCGGCUAUCUCAUCUCACGAAAGAAGAAGAGCUCUUCAAUGGAGCAGCUGGAGCGGGCGCACACCUUUACCAUUAACAAUCGCAUACAGGCGGAACGACUAAGGGAGAAUGUCAACAAACUGCGAAGACGAUCCUCCUUCUCGACGAUUCGCCUGCAGAACCUGAAUCUAUUUCAGGAGAACAGCGUCAUCAAGAAGGAGGUCGACCGCAGCAAGGAGAAGACCUUCAUCGACCAGGAGGUGGAGCAGAUGCCGCUCAGCUUCAAGAGCAGCGUCUUCAAGAGCCUGCACGGCAUUCAUCCGCUCUUUCUCACCUUCAAGUCGCCGCCCAAAAAGAGGGUCAAGUCAUCAACGGCCUCUUCAAGCAAUGAUGACCUGAGCAGCAGCAGCAGCAGCAGUGGCUCGGAGAAGGACAUCAGCAACAAAGGGGCAAAGGGAGAAAGCGGGGCUGCUCAGAGUGGCGAAGAGAGCUCGCUUACCCUGGAGAAGGAGUUCCUCACGCUGAGCGAUGACUUCUUCAUCUUCUACCUCUCCUUCUCACUGGUCCUCUGCGUGGUCAUUGGCCUGGUGAAGGGCGCCAUCGUGCCCAAGGUGGACUCGCUCAUCGCCACACUGGUCAUCUUCGCCACCUCCAUUGGCCUCAUUGUGGUGUGCAUCUACUACAGCUACAGCAAACUGUCCAGCAAUCUCUCCUUCAUCAAGCGCAAUCUUAUCUGGUUCGGCGUUUCCGCGGCGCUCUUUGUUUGCUCCCUGCACGACAUCAUUCUGUACGACUGCGACGAGUUCCCAUCCGGUGAGCAGCAACUGCCGCUGGUCACGAAUGAGAGCACUGUCACGGGAGGCAGCGAGAGCACGCUCACCAGCUGGCCAGAGGGCCCGUACCUGUGGAGCUACACGAACUGUGUGAUUCUCGCCAUGACGGGCGUCAGUGUGUUCAUCCGAAUCAACCUCUGGCUGAAGACGGUGCUCCACUUUGUGGGGCUGAUCAGCUUCUGCGUGCUGCUACUGAACGAGUGCUCCCUCUACCAGAAGCUGAUUCCCCACUCCAGCACCGGCGACCAGUGGGUGUCCAACAUUGGCUUCGACCCGACCUUCAGUCACUUCUACUACGUCUUCAUGGUGGUCAGCAUCCUCUGCAUCAUCGACCGCCAGGUAGAGUACAUCUUCCGACUGGACUUUAAGCUGUCGAAGCGCCUCGAGGACGAAGACCAGGAGUCACGCGUCAUGGGCGAGAUCAAUGAGAUUCUCCUCAAGAACAUUUUGCCCGCCUACGUGGCGCAGAAGUUCCUCAACAACAGCCUCAUCUCCGAUGACUUCUACUCGGAGUCGUACGAGUUUUGCGCCGUCAUGUUCGCCUCCAUUCCCAACUACUCAGAGUUCUACUCGGAGAAUGAGUUCAACGACAAUGGCAUCAAGUGCCUGCAGCUACUCAAUGAGAUCAUCUGCGACUUUGAUCAGCACUUGUCUGACGUUCGCUUUCUUCGAAUUGAAAAGAUCAAGACGAUUGGCAGCACGUACAUGGCCGCGGCUGGCCUUCAGCCUGGCAGAGGAUCAAAUGGGAGCACCACCUCAUUUGAAGACGAACGCAGUCAUGUGCUCUCCAUACUUCGCUUCUCCAUCAAGUUGAUGGAAACACUGAAAACGGUCAACAAGGACGCACUGCAGGACUUUAAGCUGCGAAUUGGCAUCGCAGUCGGCCCAGUCAUUGCCGGCAUUGUCGGCGCGAGCAAGCCUCAGUACGACAUUUGGGGCGACACCGUCAAUGUGGCCAGUCGCAUGGAGUCCACUGGCGUCAUUGGACGCAUUCAAAUGACCUGCGAAACAGCACAAAUACUAGCACAGACUGACCACUACCACGAGUUCACUCUGGAGCAACGAGGGCCGAUUCAGGUGAAAGGAAAGGGCAAUCUGGUGACUUACCUGGUAAAGAGCAAGUUUGACUUUGAGGAAAAGGAGAUCACCUAUGUUUGA